UCAGUUGUCUGUUGCAGAUUCAGGACAGAACAUGUUCGUUCUCCUGCUCACGCUGAGCCUGGGAGCACAGCUUCGGCAGACAGCAGCUCUCUUCACAGUGACUGUCCCCAGGGAACACUACGUGGUAGACCAUGGCAGCAAUGUGACCCUGGAGUGCGAUUUUGACACCGGAGGGCCUGUUGACUUAGGAGCACUCACCGCCCAGUUGCAGAAGAUGAAAAAUAACACGGCCUUACCCAAUGAAAAGGCUGUUCUUCUGCAGGAGCCCCUGGACCAGGGGCAGGCCUUGUUCCACAUCGCCCGGGUCCUGGUGAGUGACGCGGGCAGGUAUCGCUGCCUGAUUGUCCACAAGGACGCCUGGGACUACAAGUACCUGACCCUGGAAGUCAGAGCUUCCUACAAGCACAUAAGCACGAGUGUCCAUAAGGUCCCGGGAACAGAUGAGGUAGAGCUCACCUGCCAGGCUGAAGGGUACCCUCUAGCAGAAGUGAUCUGGCCAAACGUCAGCAUUCCUGCCAACACCAGCCACACCAAGACCCCCGAGGGCCUCUACUGGGUCACCAGUGUUCUGCAGCUAAAGCCACAGCCUGGCCAAAACUUCAGCUGUGCAAUCUGGAAUGUUAAGUUGAAGGAAUGGACGUGGGCCAUCAUCGACCUUGGAGAUCUGAGGACACCCAAGAGCCCAACAAGUCCACUGCUUCUCAUCCCAAUCUUCAUCGUUGUCUUCCUCUUGCUGACCCUAAUGAUAGUCCGAAGGAAAAGGCUCUGCCAAAAGCUGUCUCCGAGAAAAGACCUAACAGAAAGAUCUGCUGCUGGAAAAAGAAAGGAUGGAAGCAGAGAUAUCUGAGCGGAGGUCUCGGGAGCUGGGGUGAGUGAGGGGUCCGCCACCAGGACCAGCCCGCGGAGCUUGCGAUUGAUUGCACUUUCAACGCCUUUGGGUGACCCCGCACUUUCCUCCUCUAUAAGAAGACCCUCGCCCCCUGUUCUGGAGCUUGGAGGAGGCGACGCUGCCCUGGCUGCCCUGGCUGUAGCCGGGCUCUGAGCUGGUCCCAAGGAAGCACACCUGCACUUUAGAAACCUGUCACCCUGCAGUG